AUGUCUGAACGUUUCUAUACCGAAUUAAACGAGUUACUGCUGCUUAAAGAUGGUAAAAAGAAAAAGAAAACAUCACGUGAUUACUGGAUGCUUCAAAGAUACGACAUUCUGGUUGUACAACAAAUAAAAAAAUUAAUUUUUCCUGUAAAUGCUGAUGGCAAAAUAUUAUUUUAUGUUAACGAAGAGGAACUUUAUGAAAUUCUAAAAACUACACAUGAAUCAAUUGGUCAUGGUGGUCGUGACAGGAUGAUUUCUGAACUUUCAAGAAAAUAUAAAAAUAUUACUCGGUGUGAUGUAGAGGUUUUUUUACAGUUAUGUGAACCAUGUCAACAGAAACAAAAAGGCGUUAAAAAAGGAGUAGUGGUUGACCUCAUUGAUUUUCAGUCACACCCAGAUGGAAAAUAUAAAUUUAUAUUAGUAUACCAAGACCACCUUACCAAAUUUAUAAUUCUUAAGCCACUUGAAUAUAAACGAGCAGAGGAAGUAGCAUUCAACCUCAUAGAUAUUUUUACGCUAAUAGGAGCUCCAUCAAUCCUACAAUCUGAUAACGGACGUGAAUUCUCAAAUAACAUAGUUUCUAACUUAAAAGACAUGUGGCCUGUUGAAAGAGCGAAUCAAGACGUCGAGAAUAUGCUUACAACAUGGAUGCAAACAGAAAAAAAUUCUCAUCGGAGUCAAGGAUUAAGAUUCAUUCAAUUAAUGAAAAAUAGGGCAUUACAUUCUGGGAUUAAGAUGUCACCAUAUGAGGCAUUAUUUGGUUGUAAAGUCAAGGUUGGGCUUAGUACAUCAAAUUUACCGAAAGAAGUAGUCGACAAUUUAGAAAAUGAAGAACAAUUACUAGAAAUAUUUGAAAAAAAUGAACUUCAAUAUGAUGAUCCAAUACUUCCCGAUAAUAGCAAUCAUUAUGAAAAUAUCCAAGAAAAUUCAAUUCAAGAUACAAUUCCUACAAUUCAAUCAAAUAACGCGAAUGCCAUGGAUAAUCGAAGAAAGGCUAAAGAAAAUCUUGAAAAUCAGGCAGUUAAAAUGAAAACAUGGUCAGAUAAAAAACUUAAACCGGCUGAAGUAGGUGCUACAGUUAGAGUUCCAGUUCCCGAUGUGGACAAAGGUCGCGGAGAUGCUCGAAAUAUUUUAGCUGUUGUUAUAGAGGUAACAGUUGAUGGGUAUUAUAGAUUAGGGACUAAGGAAGGGCUUUUAAAAUCUUUAUAUUCAAGGUCUCAAUUUUCAAUAUGCCAAAAAAAUUUAAUAACAAUUGACCAAGUUCCAAGAGAAAAUACAUUUGCUUUACGCACAAUUGCAACUCAACAAUCUACAGGAACUGGACAAGGUUUUAUAAAAUGCACAUGCAAGACAAAGUGUCAAUCCAAAAAAUAUUUUGUUGUGUUCCUGGGUGUAGUUAAAAGUGGUACAUCUAAAUUUGGUGUACCUAAAAAUAUGAUGAAUGUUUGGGAAAAUAUUAUUGGGUGUCCUUUAAACAAGAAUUCAAGAGUUUGUGCAAACCACUUUAAACCUAGUGAUAUUACAUCAACAUGGGAGUCUGGUAAUGGUAGUAGCCAAAUCUCGGUACUUCUUUUAGAUUUGUUUAAGAAAGAAAGUCUUUUAGCUCUCAAUUUAUUGAAUUCAAUGGUCACUGGAGACAAUAUGCGAAUUGCUUAA